AGAGCCCUCAUGUACCCCGCGUACUGUACCGAAGCUCAAUAACAUUUCCUAAACAUGGAGGAGCAAGCCGCCGCCCUCCUCGCAGCGCUGAAGAAGCCUUCAACUGCCGUCGACACCAAGCUUACCCUGUUUAACAAUCUCAAAUCGGGCAUCAAGCACAACCGCGUCUCAGAGAGCGCGCAGGCUCCCAUCUUUGAGGCCAUCAGGCUCGCCAUCAGCGCCAACACUUCGGCGGCUCUCUGCUCGACUGGCUUCUCGACAUUGAACCACCUCAUCAAACGUCUGGUGCUGCAGAACCAAACCACUACCCUUGCCUCGCAGUCCCACAGGCUGCUCCCUAUCUUGCUCGACCGAUUGGGCGAUGCACGUGAAAGCCACCGCAAUGCCGCGUCGCAAAUCCUCUCCGAGCUCUGGCCGCUCUCCCAGGUGGAGAUCGAGGCCAUGGUCAAGGAAAAUGCCAUGAAGGGCACUAAUCCCCGCGCCAAGGAGAUGUCGAUGCAGUGGGUAGUGAAGAUGAACAAGACCGAAGGCCUUCCCUUCCGCGGCUUCGUCCCACAGCUCGUUGCAAACCUCGAGGAUGCCGACCCCGGGGUCCGCGAGACUGCGAAAGCUGCCGUCGUGGAGUUGUUCAGAAACGCACCCGAGCACGCAAAGGUCGACUUGAAGAAGCAAUUGGUCAAGUUCGACGUCCGCAAAACCAUCGCGAACUACAUCAACACCCACCUGAGCGAGUCUGUGUCUCCAGAGGCAGACAUGCCGCCACCACCUGCGCGCCCAAUCUCCACAGCGCGAGCAGAGUCUCUGCAGCCCGACACUGGGUUCGCCGACAGUCUCUUGUCGGAGGCACCUCCGCCUACCGAGGCGGUGCCCAUGGACCCAAUCCACCUGUACACACAGCGAGAGCUGGACGACAUAUUCCGGGACAUGGCGCCCUGCUUUGAGGGCAAGGAGAAUGAGCAAAACUGGCUGGCCCGGGACAAGAGCACCCUCAAGCUCCGCCGAAUCACCAAGGGCAAUGCACCUACCGAGUUCCAUGUCGCCUUCGUCACGGGAAUAAAGUCUUUGCUAGAUGGCAUAUUGAAAGUGGCAAAUACGCUGCGGACCACCAUGUCAUCAAAUGGCUGCCAGCUCAUCCAGGAACUCGCAAAGACGCUGGGCCCCGCCAUGGAUCCUUGGGUCGAGAUUCUGCUCCAGAACUUUGUCAAGAUGUGUGCCGCGACUAAGAACAUCGCUGCUCAAAACGGCAACACCACGGUUGACACCAUUCUCUCCAACGUAUCGUACACGGGACGGCUGCUGCCGCACGUGUCCUUUGCAUCGCAAGACAAGAAUGUGCAGCCCCGCACCUUUUCGGCUGGCUGGGUGAAGACCCUGAUAAAGAAACAUAAAUCCCCGAUUGAGCACUCGGGAGGCCUUGAGAUCCUAGACAAGAUUAUCAGGAAAGGGCUUGCUGAUGCUAAUCCCAAGGUUCGUGAGGCAUACCGAAGCACCUACUUCACUUUUGCGUUGGUAUGGCCUCAGAGAGCUGAAGCCAUGAUGGCAACUCUCGAGAAGAGGGAGAAGACUGCGUUGGAAAAAGACCCUAACAACCCCAAUGCAUCUCUCACGUCAUCACAGGCGAGCGCUUCUUCAUUCUCCAAGUCUGUUGGCGCCGGCGGAGGAGCCGCCCGAGCUGCACUGAAAGAGAAGAUUGCUGAACAAAGGAGGGCAAAGCUGGCUGCCUCCAAAGGUGGACUAGAACGCCCCAGCUCUGCUCAAGCAAGUUACUCACCCGCAAAAUCACUCUCAGCGAAAUCUUUUGGCUCGAGAACCGCGUCGAAUUCGUCAACUGCGUCUUCGACUAUCGUAAGACCGCCAUCAGCAAUGUCCGGCGGAUCAUCAAAACUGGCUUUGGCAUCAACUGGAGCUGGUACUGGUUCGCUAAUGGCGGGUACACUUCGACGGCCGAUGCGUCCUCGACCGGAGUUGGUUCGGCCCGCAACAGCAGAUCCAUAUGCCUCUCGUCGCGCAGGAAAGAAUGUGACACCGUCAAUGACGCCGGAGAAAACCCCCGCAGCGACAGCCAAGAAAUCAGCUGUUCCUAAGAGCAGCAUCCGUCCUCGUGCUCAGACCCAGCAAAGCCCCAAUGUAAGUCCCAUCCGAAGCAAGUCUAGAUUGGGCGAGAUUGCAAUGCAUCGCAAGACGCCUAGCGCGCCAUCACAACAUGGAAGCCCUGCUCUUAGCCCAUCUAAGGACGAAGAUUUGACACUGGUAAAACCUUUCGGUAGGUUCGCGAGCCAUCAGGAGCCAGGCGUGACUCCUUUCCGGCACCGACCUGGAGUGGAAAAGACGAUGUCUGUUGACAGUGGGAUGAUGGAUGUAGGGAUUGACGAUAACUUCACAAUGGUUAUUCCAAAUCUCACACAACCUACCGCACAGCUAGCCCAGCGGAGUCCACCCAAGCCAACUCCUUCUCCGGGCCGACUUGGAACCGCCAGCCCUCUCUCGACUAUGCUCAGGAGCCCCAAGUCGAUGGCUGAUGUUUCUGGUAUUCCCCUCGCGACGACACGAAGCCCACGUAUGAGGUCACCAGACCGACCGAGCACGCGAGGCACUGAUGUCCAAGAAGAGGUUCAGGUUUAUGAGGAUCCAUUCGUGGGUGAUGAACCAGGUGCUAUCGUAGAGACUGAGAAGCCCGUGCUCGAGGAGCUUCCACUAAACAUGAAUGAAAAGAGCAUCGAACGGCGUCAGAGCACCGACAGCACAAGUAGCAACACAAUGAUGGGCGAUGGAACCGAAGAGCGAGUUCGAGGUCACCACAAGACCACUAGCACCGGAAGCGUCAUGCUAGCGGAUAAUGACGCAGCGCGACCAGAAGUUCUCAAAAAUAGGCAGCUACUUACCAGCGGCAUCAACAAAAUCCGCAGCCGAACAGUUGAAGCAGUCAUGUUCCGUAAGCUGCAAGACAUGAUCAAAUCCAAUCAAGAUAUCUGGGGCAUCGAAGACGAAAAGUUUGGAGAACUACUUCUUGCAUCCUUGGACUAUCUCGAAGCUCCUAUUGAGACGCUAAAACAAACACCCAUGAAGGCCGCAAAUCUAAAGGUUCAGGCGCUUGCGACAAUUCGUGCCAUGCUCUCUCUAUACCGCAAGGAGACGGCGAAGUAUUUCGCACGCGUGCUCUGCACCGUUCUACAAACCAAAUCCCAGUACGAGAACACCUCGCAUAUCGCAACAGACCUUGAAGCCACCGCCGACGAAAUCAUCAAAUACGGCCAAACAACAGACUGCCUAGACGCCGUCCUCUCGCUCAUCGAAUCCACACCCCCAUCCUCCCCAUCUUCUUCCCCCGCCUCCAAAUCAACCACCAGCUCCACCAACUCUACAUCCCAAUCAGCCGCCACGCGCACCACCACAAUGGCCCUCGGCGCGCUCUCCAGCCUUAUCCAGAUCUCGGGGGCGAAGAACGUAACGCUGUCUCCGGAACAGACAGCGCGAUUAGGCAAGCUAGCAGUUAAGUGUCUAGAUGAUACGGAUGCAGAUAUACGUAAGGCGGACGUCGAGGUUUGCAUUAGUCUGCAUGAGAGGAUUGGGGGGGAGAAAGAGGCUUUUUGGAAGGCCGUUGCCGGGGCGAGGGAACAGCAUUUAAAUCUGCUGACGUACUAUCUGGCAAAGAGGGGGAAGGCGUGAGAAGCUAUUCCUCGGGUUGUGGGAUGGAUGGGGUGAGUGAAGGACCACUAGAGUAGGGGAAGGCAGGUUUCAAUCUGUCACGUUUGCAUUGGCUGACACCCUGGGCUAACUGGUCUCUGUCCCUUUUGUUUUCACUGCCAUUGGAAUCAACGAGCAACUGACAACUAUUCAGCUUUGGCACCAUGCAGGCAAGGUCGCAUUCUAGAGGAGUUGAAGGCAUGACUUUGACUCAAGGGCGCAACCCGGCGUUCUGAAAAAAAAGUAGGCGUGUUGGCAGUCACUUCCUAGCCCCUCUUUCUCUCUCUCUCUGUGUGUGUGGGUGUGUGUGUUCCUUUGCCACUGCCAUGGUAGUGUAAUUUUGUACGGUUAUCUCCUUGAAUUGCUGCUACUUUUUUGCGGUUAUCAGAUAGUUAGGGAUCAGCGUUCUGUAGUACUUGUUUAAUAAAUGCG